AUGCUGUCAAUUCUGAGAAAAGCUCGACUCAAGGACAAGGAGAUGCGGAUUCUGAUGCUUGGACUCGACAAUGCGGGAAAGACGACGAUUGUCAAGAAGGUUAUGGGAGAAGAUGUCAACACAGUGAGCCCAACGUUGGGCUUCAUCAUCAAGACGAUUGACUACGAGGGGUACAAAUUGAACAUAUGGGAUGUGGGUGGCCAGAAGACGUUACGGUCAUACUGGAGAAACUACUUCGAAAAGACAGAUGCAUUGAUAUGGGUUGUCGACGCAACGGACCGUAUACGAAUCCAGGACUGCAGAGACGAGCUCCAAGGGCUUCUCCUACAAGAGCGUCUUGCAGGGGCAACUCUGUUAGUGUUUGCGAACAAGACUGAUGUUGAGGGAUGCAUGACAAAGGAAGAGAUCCUCUCGGAACUACAGUUGGAGUCGAUACGAUCACAUCGCUGGCACAUCCUGCCAUGUAGCGCCAUCACCGGCACUAAUCUCAAGGAGGGACUAUCAUGGGUAGUGGAGGACGCAAAGAGAAGGUUGUUCCUCUACUAA